AUGGCGGUAAAAAGUAUCCGGAAUCAGAAUCUGCUAUCGUUGAUUAUUUGUACAAUUCAAUACGAUUUGAAAAAGACGGAUUCGAAGGUAAACGCGUCGAAACGUCCUCAUCAUCCGCAUGUCGAGGACCCAAACUCUCGGUUCGCAUGUGUGGGCUCGCUACUCGCCGAGCAGCCGGCAUGUCAAUGCAAGGAGGACGAGGGUGAACUGGCCUGCAUCAAUGCUCAAUUCAUCGAGACUGGCGUGUUCGCGACGGUGAAUAAUCACUAUAAGCACAUGAAGAAGAUCACGUUCCACGGCAACAACUUCCAAGACCUACCUCAGGGAUCGCUGUUCGGCGACUAUGUCCAUUCCUCCUUGACGACGCUGAACAUCUCCGCCAACUACAUUGUCAAUUUACACUCGGGAGCAUUGAGUGGAGUCCCAAAUCUUCGGGUACUCGACCUCAGCAACAAUGAGAUCGUGCUCAAGGAGGAGAAUAUAGAUUUCUUGAUGCAUACUCCGGAUUUGGAAGAGCUCUACCUCCGCCGUGCCUUCACCGCCACCCUAAACCGCACAAAGCAGUUCGAUCUGAUGAUGCGCAUGUUUAGGAGGGCGAACUUGCAGAAGUUGAAGGUUCUCGACCUCUCCUACAACUUUCUGGAAUCGAUACCUCCACAGCUCCCCUGUGCCUUUCCUGCCCUCCAGAAGCUCGACCUCCGCCAGAAUUUUCUAAAUGACUUGGUGGUGAACGCGAGUUGCUUGAGGAAUAUUCACGAUCUGGACUUGAGCAGAAACGGCUUCAACCAGCCGAACAAGACCACUCGUCAACUCCUGAGUCGCCUCCCGGACAACUCGAUCAAUUUCCGGAAUCCGUUCUUGUGCGAUUGCAAGAGUGCCGAGUAUAUCCAGUGGAUUAAAUCGACGAGAUCGAUUCGCGAAAAAAGCAACCUGAUCUGCGACAAGGCGAGCCCGAAGAAAUUCUCUGGGGUCCGUAUUACCGAAGUGCCUGUGAAAGAACUCGACUGCUUGACUAGCUCCGCCAUCGGCUCGUGGUCCUUAUUUUUACCCGUUUUCCUGCUACUUUUCCCCACAAUUUGCAGGGUAUUUGCUUUUAUUUUA